AUGGAACCCGCGGAGGAUCCCUUCGAGGAACCGGGGGGCCAGGAAGGCGGAGGCAGCGCCCUGGCUGCCGGGCUGCAGGAGGAGGAGCCGCUGCAGGGUUCGGCCCCUCAGGCUCACGAUGCCCCACGUGAGGAGCCGCCACUCUCCUGCACCAUCUCAGGAGAGAAGACGCUGUCAGAGGUCUCUGCAGGUCUAACUGGGGCUGCUGCUGGGAGAGCAUGCCAGCAACCUGGCUCCAGGGUGCUCCACAAAGACAGAACUCUAGCCCCACCUGGACCCCAGCCCCAGGGGGAAGAUUGUUCCCUCCCAGUGGGAGAGGUGAAGACGGGGAAAAGGCUGCAUUCGCCAGGCCCUGGUAAGCAGAAGAAGCCGAGUGCUGUAGUUCUGGCCUCAACGUCAUCUCCAGGUGUCACCAACUCAGUCCACACCAAACACAACCCAGUGCCUUGUGGGUCGGGCCGGGGGCCCUGCCACCUGGCCAACCUUCUCAGCACAUUGGCCCAGAGCAGCCAAAACGCAGACCAGAAGAAGCAGCCCCCAGAAGUGACCUGCCAAGUUCGGAAAAAGACUCGAACGCUAUACCGCUCAGACCAGCUGGAGGAGCUAGAGAAGAUAUUCCAAGAAGACCACUAUCCUGACAGCGAUAAACGCCGGGAGGUCGCCCAGACGGUGGGGGUCACCCCCCAGCGCAUCAUGGUGUGGUUCCAGAAUCGCCGGGCCAAGUGGAGAAAACUGGAGAAACUGAAUGGGAAAGAAAACAAGGACAAUCCUGCAGCCCCGGCCCCUGGCUCUGCCAGCAGUCAGUGCAGCUCUGCAGCUGAGCUCCCACCCACGGUGCCUGUGGACCCAAUGCCUGAGCCCUUCCCUCAGGAGCCUCCUCUGGACACCUUUCCAAAGCCCCCCAUGCUGCUGACCUCUGACCAGACUCUGGCUGCCACCCAACAGAGUGAGGGUGCCCAGAGGGUGGUGGUGACCCCACCACUCUUCAGCCCUCCACCUGUUCGAAGGGCCAACCUUCCUUUUCCCCUUGGCCCUGUCCAUACCUCCCAACUGAUGCCUUUGCUGAUGGAUGUUCCUGGUGGUGACAGCAGCCACAGGGAUGGGUCCUGGGGAACAAGCAUCGACCUACCACCCCUCUGCUCAUUUUUGGAAGAGCUGGAAACUCAGGAUUCCCAACAGAGCAACCAGCUGGGCCCAUUCCCAUUCUCCCAGCCUCUUCACAGCCAGCUCUUCCAGUCCCCGCAGCCCCAGUUUCCACCCCUGCACGCCUUCCCCUUCCCGGUGCCCAGCCCGCUGACGCUGCCCCCGCCAGAAGACACCCUCUUCACAUUUCCCUGUGGCCCUGGCGGGGGCACAUCCCAGGGCUAUUGCCCCGGCCCUGCCUCAGGGCAGAUGCUGCUGCAGCCACCUGCUGGGAAUAUGGGCACAAGCCCCUGGAAUGACCCCUGUAUGCCAGAACUGCCCUUUCCUGGUCCGUUCUGUCCACAGACCCUGGGACAUCCCCCAGGAGGAGACGGCUACUUCCCCGAUCUAUUUCCAGCUCCCUGUGCUCAGAUGACGAGCAGACAGCCGUCACCUGGUCUCACCCGGCUGCCUGAAGGCGCCAGACCAGGAACUGGGCCCUUACUCAGCAAGGUGUCAAAAGAGCAGCCUGCCACUUCCCUGGAGCAGCCCUGGGCACUGGAGGAGGCCAGAGAGGAAGACAAGAACAGCCAAGUCCCCUAAUUCAGGGGUCGAAGAGUGAACAGAGGCUGCUCGGUGGGACAGGGCUGGGCUCACGCAGAGGAUGGGGGCUGAAGCGUGGAGGAAGUCUAUGCCUCUGUUGCCUGGGGUGGGAGCCGUGUGUCUCCCCCAUGCAGGCUUGUCUUGCUUACUUUGAUUUGGGAAGGAGGAGGGCCCGGUCCUACCCUUUUCUCCAUACCUCUGUAUGGCCGUCCUGAAGAAAGCGGUGGCCUGUGCUACUUCUGAAUGUUGUAUCAGGUUUUGUUUAUUUGUUUCCUAUCCUUGAAGGACAAAUGAGCCAGAGUGUCUACUGUAAGCAUUAAACUACUGCGCCCUUG